GUACACGUCAGUUUUGUUUUCAAACUCAGGGUUCCUGUUGCAACUUUCCAAGUAUUAGGAAUCAGAACUUCCCCGAGCCCUGCCCUGCCCUCCCGGGGCUGGGCGCGGCUGCCGUUACGCAGCGAGCAGCAAACGAAACCGAAAGCCACAGCGGGGCUUAUGUUAAGUGCCCAGGAACUGCGGCAUUCUGAGAAGCGCAGACACCGAGCCGGCGACUCCAGUUCCUUCGGCCGCCCCUGCAGCCCCGCUCCUGGCAGCAGCAGAGCCUGCCCGGGCGCCGCCAGCGCAGCGAUGUCGGAGGAGUGCCGAGACGAGCGCUUCCUCUACAUGAUCUCCUGCUUCAGGCCGCGGCUGAAGUGCUGCAUCCGCGUGCAGCCGGUGCUGGACUGGCUGCCCUCGCUGAGCGCAGAGGAGAAGGAGAGGGUGCGGGCGGCAGCGCUGCAGCGCGGCGAGGUGGAGGGGGCCGAGGAGCUGCUGCGCGCCGUGGAGCGCGGCCCCCGUGGCCCCGGCUGGUUCCAUGAGUUCCUGCUGGCGCUGAAGAAAGGCGGCUGCGACCUGGCCGCUUGCUACGUGAACCCCAGCCAGCUGCCCUCGCCCCGGGAGGAGGCCGACCAUGACCUCUGCGUGCACCUGGUGCAGCUGCUGUACGGCACGCUGGUGGAUAACAUGCAGACCAGGCAGGUGGCCGAGAAGUGCCUGCAGCUGGGCAUCUUCCAGGAGGAGGACCUGGGUCGGAUUGAUGCUGUUACUGACAGUCAUGGGAACAGAGGUGGUGCAAGGGAACUGUUGAGCAGAAUAGUGCAGAAGAAGGAUUGGUUCUCUCCGUUUUUGACUGCUCUGCGUGAAACUCAACAUGAAAGCCUUGCAGAUGAUUUAAGUGGAAAUACAGGAGGAACAGAGAAUGAAGAAAAUGAGUUGAAGAAUAGUACAAGGAAAGAAACAGAAGAUGCAAGCGAACCAGGAUAUGCUGUAAUGGAGGAUAUGAAACAGCAAGAAAAUCUGGAUGAUAGUUUUGUCAGAGAGAACAGUGUAUUGGAAACAUCUAUUGGAAAGAGCUCUGAAGUUUCAGAAUCAGUUGUCGCUGUAGGAGGUGCAAGUGUCAGUAACUUGAAUGAAAACCUGGGACAGAGCAGUGCGACCAGUGAUUCAGGUGAAGAUGAAGCGGACAGCAGAGCUUCACCUGAGCCAGAUCUCAUCCUGAGAGAUUACCAGAUGGAAGUUGCAAAACCAGCACUGAAUGGGGAGAAUAUUAUAAUAUGUCUCCCUACAGGCAGUGGCAAAACUAGAGUGGCUGUUUACAUUACCAAAGAUCACUUGGAUAAGAAGAAAAAAGCAUCAGAGCCAGGAAAAGUUAUAGUACUUGUUAAUAAGGUACCGUUAGUGGAACAGCAUUUACGAAAGGAGUUUAAUCCAUUCCUGAAACGCUGGUAUCAGGUUAUUGGUUUAAGUGGUGAUUCUGAGCUGAAAAUCUCAUUUCCUGAAGUUGUCAAAAGAAAUGAUGUCAUCAUCUGUACAGCACAGAUCCUGGAGAAUUCACUGUUAAAUGCAACUGAAGAGGAUGAAGGUGUCCGCUUGUCAGAUUUUUCACUCAUCAUUAUUGAUGAGUGCCAUCACACUCAAAAGGAAGGUGUUUACAACAAUAUAAUGCGACGUUACUUAAAAGAAAAGAUCAAGAACAGAAAGCUGGCAAAAGAAAACAAACCUUUGACUCCGCAGCCUCAGAUUCUGGGACUUACAGCCUCACCUGGAGUCGGAGGUGCAAGAACCAACUCAAAAGCUGAAGAACAUAUUCUGAAAAUCUGUGCCAAUCUUGAUGCAUGCAGAAUAAUGACUGUUAAAGAGCAUGCCUCCCAACUGAAGAAUCAGGUGAAGGAGCCAUUUAAGAAGACUGUGAUUGCAGAUGACAAAAGAAGGGAUCCAUUUAGAGAAAGAAUUAUUGAGAUCAUGAAAGACAUUCAAAAAUAUUGUCAGCUUUAUCCAAAAUCUGAGUUUGGAUCUCAGCCAUAUGAACAAUGGGUUGUUAGGGAAGAGAAAAGAGCUGCAAAAGAAGAAAAACGCAAGGAACGUGUCUGUGCAGAACACUUGAAGAAAUAUAAUGAUGCACUCCAAAUUAAUGAUACCAUUCGAAUGGUUGAUGCAUACAAUCACCUAAAUAACUUUUAUGAGGAGCUAAAAAGGAAGAAGACAGUAGAGAGUGAUGAUGAUGAAGAACCCUUAGUAUCAAAACAGGAUGAAACAGAUGAAUUUUUAAUAGGUUUAUUUCAUGCAAAAAAGAAACAGCUGGAAGAGUUGGCUAGAAAGCCAGAAUAUGACAAUGAGAAGCUAAUGAAGCUGCGAAACACUUUAAUGGAAGAGUUCACAAAGACUGAAGAAUCUAGAGGAAUUAUUUUCACAAAGACUCGGCAAAGUGCCUUAGCUCUAUACCACUGGAUUAUGGAUAACCCAAAAUUUGAAGAAGUGGGAAUCAAAGCUCAUUAUCUUAUUGGUGCUGGACAGAAUAGUGAAACUAAACCUAUGACUCAGAAUGAGCAAAGGGAAGUCAUUGAUAAAUUCCGAGGUGGAAGUAUAAAUUUACUUAUUGCUACUACUGUAGCUGAGGAAGGCCUAGACAUCAAAGAGUGUAACAUUGUUAUUCGCUACGGUCUGGUCACCAAUGAAAUUGCUAUGGUACAGGCCCGUGGUCGAGCUCGAGCUGAUGAGAGCACUUAUGCACUUGUGGCUUCAUGUGGCUCAGGAGCUGUUGAACGCGAAGAUGUAAAUAUUUUCCGUGAAAAUAUGAUGUAUAAGGCCAUUCAGCGUGUCCAGGAGAUGCCGCCUGACAAGUAUUUAGAUAAGAUUCAGGGCUUCCAGUUGCAAAGUAUAGUAGAAAAACAAAUGAAAGCAAAGAGAGAUCAGCGUAAGACAUACAAGAAAAACCCUUCACUAAUAAAAUUCCUAUGCAAGAAUUGCCACAAGCUGAUAUGUUCUGGAGAAGAUAUACAAGUCAUUGAAAAUAUGCAUCAUGUCAGUGUGAAGAAAGAUUUCCAACAUCUUUACCAUAAAAGAGAAAAUAAGACACUGCAAGAUAAGCAUGCUGAUUACCAGGCAAAUGUGGAAAUUAUAUGUAAAGAUUGUGGACAAGCUUGGGGAAAUAUGAUGGUUUAUCGAGGACUUGACCUGCCUUGUCUAAAGAUUAGAAAUUUUGUGGUGGCUUUUGAAGACAAAAAAAUAACAAAGGAAAUUUUCAAGAAAUGGGGAGAACUACCCAUCAGUUUUCCUGAUUUUGAUUAUGCAGCUCAUUGUCCUUCAAGUGAUGAAGAUUAAGGACUCAGAAUGAAAAUAAAAGACUUUCAAAUCUUCUCUGGGUGCUGAUUAGAAGUUCCUGUGCUGUAGAGUUCUGCAUCAUAAACACUGGGUCAUAAACAUAAGCUGAAUUCCUUAAAAAACUGCCAUGAAGAGGAGGAAAGACCCAAGGAAGGAGAAGGACAAAGUCACAUGGCAGCAGUCUGUGCUUCAAUUUGUAGAAGACAAAAAAAGAACAAAUGCACUGUGGUGAUGUGCAUCCAUGGAACAAAUUCCCUUCUCAAAACUGUCCAGUGUGGAUUGACAACACUCAAAUGCAUGUUAGGUGACUUGUCUUCAAGCAAAGAACAUAAGACAGACUUCUUGAGACUUGCCAUGGUGAUUGUUUUCAGUUCUACUUUCUUCUACAACCUUCAUGAAGAUAAGAUGUCUUAAAAAAGAAUCCAUGUAAAGGGAACAAAUUACCUGAAUGUUAUUUUUGAGUCAUUGUUGCUUCUUCAGUGUUUUCAUGAUUUAAUCUUUCACCUUAUCUUUACCUGUAAGCUCAUAGAUUUUUACAGAGUAAAAUUAAAUUUUCAUUACAAGACAUUUCAAAAAAUUAAGCCCUUAAAUUUACUUGAAAUUGAUUAUUUUAAUGUCCAUGAAGCACAAUGCCAAGUGACUUUCUGUGUGUUAGUUUCAUAGGAUUGUUAAACUGGCUAUACAAUGAGGUAUGUAUUUUUUCCAAUAAAUGACUAAUGAAUAACAUUUGCCAACUUUGAUGCUGUUUAGUCUAUUUCAUUGUAAUUAUUUUGACAGUAAUAAAACUACAGUUUCACCCUA